AUGAGUGAUGAUAUUACUGUCGGGGGUUGUCUCAUUCGCUGGACACAUUACGGUCUGGGGUUGAUUUCCGGUGGGUUGGUUAUAAUUUGGUCUAACUAAAGCAAACGGAUAGAGUCCUCCGGUCAGAAAAAAAGAUUUACCUUAAUUUUGCAGCCCUCUUCUGUUCAAACACUACUGCUACUACUACUACUACUACUACUACUACUACUACUACUGCUACUACUACUACUACUACUACUGCUGCUGCUGCUGCUGCUGCUGCUGCUGCUGCUGCUGCUGCUGCUGCUGCUGCUGCUGCUGCUGCUGCUGCUACCACUACUACUACCACCCAAGUCCAUAUCGUAACCCUAACCUGUCCCUAUGCUGUGCUGUUCCCCUACACUGAUUUUGUCUGUUCGGAGUGUUAG